AUGGAAAACAAUUCAACAGAACAUGAUCCUUUAGCAGAGUAUCGAAAUAUUAAUAAAAAAAAAUAUGAGGAUAGAAUGAUGAAAGAAAAUGAAGAAUUAGAAAAAGAAAGAAUACAAGAAGAAUUAAAUCAAAAAAUUCAAAAUGAAUAUAAUUAUAAACAGUUACAAAUCGAAAAAGAUAGAGAAUAUUCUAUACAAUAUUAUAAUGCAAUAAAUAAUGUCAACCCAUCUAAUAAUAUACAAACUAAUUAUGGAUCUGUUGUAUUAAAUAAUUAUACAGAGAGAUUAAUAGACCCUUCAAAUUAUUGGUAUCAAGAAAAUGACACAACACAAAGUUUAUUAAAUAAUUCGGAACAUCCAUCAAUUUUUCAUAGAACAAGUAAUAAUUCCUCACUUUUUGGAUGCAGUAAAACACAACUACUUUUAAAUAUUUUUCUUAUUUUUAUUGUCAUUCUAAUUAUUAUUCUGUUCGCUUUUUGA